GGCGGGGCGGGAUUACGGGUGCGCGCGCGUGCUGGGUGGCGGGAAGCCUCCAAGUGCGAGUUAAGGCGCGUGUCGGCGGCGCCCGGCCAUGGCCUCGGAGCGCGCGGGCCCUGCUCGCUCGCGGACGCUGUUCCUGCAGGACGACGGCAGCGCCAUGCGCUUCUACGUGCGGCCCGGGCCCGCCAAGCUGCAGCUCGCGCCGCUGAUCCUAGCGGGCGGCGGGCGCCUUUGCCGCGUGCAGGAGCCGGGCGCGGUGUUGCUGGCCCAGCCCGACGAGCGGGGGGCCACGGGCAACUUCGUCUCCACCGAGUACGUGCGGUGCUGUGUGGAGAGGAACGAGCGGCUGCCGCUUGAGCACUACCGGCUGGCGGCGGAGCAGGCCCCGGUCCCGGCCGGAGCCCCGGCCGGCCGCUCUGCCUUCACGGGCUCCGAGGACGAGGCCAUCCUGCUGCACGUGCGGGACCGGGCGCAGGGCAGCGUCACCGGCACCGCGCUCUGGAAGGAGAUGGAGCGGGCCCGGCUGACGCCGCACUCUUGGCAGGCCAUGCGAGACCGCUACCUGCGGCACCUGCGGGGCCAGGAGCACAAGUACCUGCUGGGCGGGCCCGGCCCCGCGCCGCCCCGCAGCCUCGCCAGGAGCGCCCGGCAGCCGGCGGAUAGCGAGUCCUGGAGGAAGGAAGUAGCCGAUGUACCCCAAGGAGUGGUUCAAGACCAAUUAACAAAAGGGGGUAGCCUUUUCCAGCUGGCUAACAAAGAAUUUGAAGGCAGUGAGGUAUACAUUCAUAGUUGGAUAGCUGUAUCUGCAUAACGUGAUCACACAGAUGUGUUGAAUGUUUUCUGAUGUAUAGAUUAAAAUACUUAGUUAAGCCUCAAAUUUACUACUUAAACCUUCAUAAAUAACUUUAAUCUUAAAUAUGACUUUGUUCCUGUGUGAAUAACACCGGGAUACUGAUUCUUGCUACAGCUUUGUAGUAAUAUUAGUUAGGGUGUGCUAGUUCAGGGAUAAAGGAGUUUUCAGCAGCAGGCCAUAUUGGGGCCCCUACUUACAGCAAGACCUGCUCUGCUUGUGAUAAAAACCUUUACCAUUCCCCAGACUGCUUCCCACUUCUGAUACUUUUCAGCUUGACCAUUGAAUCAGGAAUUGACAGUGGUGGUAAAUCAGGUGGGUGCAAUAUUUGUGUGGCAUGAAAAACAACAGGACCAGUGACUGUGGGAGAACAAUUCAGUGGUUAGUCAGAACAGGUUGGUACAUCAGGGUAGCAGAGAGGGAGUUGAUCUUGUGUUGGUGCCAAAGAGAGGACAGUAUUGGCAAUAUUGGAAAGGAUGGGGUAUGUAUAUAUAAAGUUAUAAACACAUGGGUUACACCAGCCAUCUCCCUGGAGAAUGACUAUCCGACAAUCAUGGUUAUAACUUAAACUGCUUCCCAGGGUUACCUAGAACUGACUAAAAUCAAAUUAACAAUGAAAGUGUGGCUAAAAUGCCCUUUGUAAGACUGUAAGCAUCUGGAGCAUGCCAUCCUGUGAAGUAUUUCUCUAAUUCACAGGUGCAGAUGUAUUCUCUCUAGCUGGGCAAUUAUGGCUUAAUAUGGAUACAGCAUGCUUUUUUAUACCAAUGGCUUACAUUUUUAAUAACGAAGAAGCAAAAAUAGCUUCAGCAGCAAUAAAUGUUUUCCAUGUUCUAUUCUGAUUUAAGAUGAAUUACAUUACAAAAUUACUGCUAGUCAAUUGAUUCCCAGAUAAUAAAUAAAAUAAGACCUGUUUUCUAGGUGUUAACACUUUAAAUAGUCAUCUGAGUUAACAUUUUAAACUUUUACACUGCUAGCUAAAGCAUCUAAGGAGGAAGAAUAUUAACUACACAACUUACUAUGAAUGGUGUCAUUGUGGCAUAUCAAGUAAAAAGAGCAUGAACUAAUUUUUUCCAAUUUGACCCUGUCCAGAAACUGGAGGAUGUUG